AUGUGGUCUUCAAGAGAUCAGGGGGAGAGUGUGAUAGUGGUGAUGGAUGCCAACCGAAGUAAAGCAAGCGUUGAUGCAGUGUGCUGGGCUCUCAAGCACGUGGUCCGCCCCAAGGACACUGUUGUUGUUCUUGGUAUUCUCUGUGAGCUUGGGAGGAAGACUUCUUGUUUUCCGUUUCACAUGGGCAUGGGCACCGCUGGGAUUUUUUAUGAUAAGGCUGUAAUCCAAGUUCACUUGCCUACCAACUCUAAGCUUUUCUGUCAAUUUGUUAACUUGGCAAUUAGCAUGGUAUCAGAGUCUCGUUUUUCUCGGUUGAUCACGGGGGAAAGUUCAUAUGCAAAUAAGAAGAGACUGAGAUGUGAGGUUAAGGCCGCACAGCCGCCUACAGAUGUGAACGCCAGCACAAGCGGGGAAAGAUUGGAAUUGUCAGGAAGUGAAGUGAACCCCAAAGAGCUCGAAGAAGAAAUUGAGAAAAAGAGGGAACAAUACCAGAGUAGUCUCCAGCCAAUAUACCGACAAUGCAGGAAGAAUGAGGUGAAGUUGGAAGUUAAACUUGCUGCAGGAUUUGAUGCCAAGAAAAUAACCAUUGAAGAAGCGCAAAACUCAAAUACUCGAUGGAUUGUUUUGGAUAGCCACUUGAAGAAGGAGAAGGUGUUCAUCUAUGGCCAGGUAGACUGCAACAUUGCAGUGAUGAAAGGAAAAGAUGUUGCAACCUUAAUGGUACCAAAAGCUUCUGGGUGUUCACAAAUUCCCCAAAAAAUCACUAGAGUUGACGCGGCAAAUAUCAUCACACCAGAUCAACCCCAGACACAGCCAGAUGAUGAAGACCUAAAUGAUCUUCAAGAAGACUUAUGUCGGCCAGCACCAGCUCCUCAAAGUCCUUGCUGGUAUCCCCUUGCAUGGAGAACUGGUUUCCCUCGCUCUUUCACUCUCACUGAGCUUGAAGAGAUAACAAAUAGGUUUGGCGAUGAGAAUAUUGUUUUAGACCACGGGGACAUCAAACUUUACGACGGGAUCCUGCAGGAAACACCUGUUUUAGUCCAGCGUUUCUCUGGAAAUGAUCAAGGCAAGUUCUGGUCAGAAUUCAAGAUCCUCUCCCGUGUCCGCCAUCGCAAUAUCAUGAACCUUGUUGGAUACUGCUGCACUGGCUCUUGUUUGUUCUUGCUCUUCGACUACCCAUGUAUGGGUAGCCUUGAAGUGAACCUCCGACACAAUGCUGUUACUAGGAAGAAGAUGAUUUUGAAACCAGAUUUCAUUAUGUAUGAAGGUGAAGAUAAGGCUGAGAACCUCUCAUGGAGAUUAAGGUGGUAUAUUGCUCAAGAAAUAGGAGUAACUUUGCGCUAUCUUCAUGAGGAAUGUGCCGAUGGACCCAUUCUAUGCAACUUCUCAACGGCUAAGUUGCUCAAGGAUGAUACUCCCUUCAAUGAAGCUUCACAAGCAGAAUGCCCCAAGGUAGAGCAAGACGAGUACCUUUCUGCUGAUGUACACGAUUAUGGGGUGUUCCUCUUGGAGCUCAUAGCUGGAAAGAGUGCCAGUGACUUUGAGGCACAAGGCAGUGGACAGUCCUUGAUUGAUUGGGCACUGCCACUUCUGGAAAAUGAUUCCCUCGGUGAAGUGAUGGAUCCCAGAAUAGCGGAUACUAAUGAUGUUAGGCUGGUCCAUCAUAUGGCACGAGCUGCACUGUUCUGCCUGAAAAACGAUUCCGGUCGGAGGUUAUCUAUAAGUGAGAUGGACAACUUUUCAGAGCAUGCAUGGUAUCUUCCUUCAGUUUCGGCACAAUUUGGGCAUGCAGUUGCUUGCUUGCCUGAAACAAAUUCAGGGUUGUUAAAGCUUGGAGGCAUGACUGAGUAG